CCAUCAUCAUCAUUAUCAGCACAAACACAGCGUCUGCGGCGGGGGAGGCGUGUGGCGACUGGUGGACUGGCUGUGGUGAUGUGGUGGUGACAUGCUUGGCGCCACAUUGUACUGGCCCAACAUUGCCUGAGUGAAGGCAGAAUGCUGGAGGAGCGGGUCACCUUCCCCCAGCGUGUUGGGUCGGCUAGAUCAACUAGGUCAGGCUCUGGGUCAUCCAGGGUCAGCUCGGCAAGAGUGGCGGCCGGGCGGAUCAGUUCGGCACGCCCUUCAGACACCAGGCGGCCCAAGCUACACACGGGCCGUCCCUCCUCUGCUCCCCCGGCCCACAGCCCCCCGACCUCGCCAGCCCAGGGGUGGUUAGUGGGCCGGCUUGCUGCUCAUGGCCAACACCGCAUCCAUGAUGUGGCCCACCUCAACCUGCGGGUGGAGGGGAAGUCGAUCCGGUCGGUGUCAUACACUCCGCGUCGUCAGCAGCCAGUCAGUCGGGGCUCAGUGAGGGUAGUGUCCAGUCACGCCCAGCCCAGCCAACUGCGGCGCAGACAGUUCCUGUCUGUGCACAAGGCCGGUGGAUGUGAGAGGCGGGGAGAAGCUGCAGUGGCAGCAGCAGCAGCUGCACAUUCUAAGGGAGACAUGAGGGCAGCAGCGGCAGCAGCAGCAGGCUUUGGCUCCACUUACACAGUGGUGUGUUUGGACCCUGAGCAGGCCGGGGAAUGUGGUGGUGGCCCAGCUCACCUUGGUGCAACCUUCACCAAGGAGGAGGCCCCGGCCUUCCUUAGAGAAGGCCUAGGGUCCACCUACACCCUGAGGAGUGGCCAGAGGCUCUCUCCACACUCCCCCAGCAGUAGUGACUCAGACCUCCAGGUGCUGGCCAGGGGGGAGUAUGAAUACAGCGUACCCCCCAUGGCCCCUGAGGGAAGGGGAGGGUACUGGGGGCCAGGUGGGGGUCGAGAGGACCUGAGCCGGGUGACAGCGGGUGAUACGACCUCCAACGAAGACUCGGAGAGCACUGUGAUGAGCCUGGGCCGCCGCAUCCAGCUGAUGGCAGCAACGGGGCCAGGCAUUGCCCCAGCCACUGCCCCAGCCUGGGACACUGAGUGGCGGACACUGCUGCAGCAGAACCACCAGCUGCUUCUGAGGCUGUCUAGCAGGGAGGACCUGCGGGCUGAGGAGCAGCAGCAGCAGCAGCCCGACACACCCCGCAGUGCCCCAGUGCAGGACAGUGCUGUGCAGACUCUGCUGCCUGAUGCCGGCCCUGAGCCACCCAUCCUGUCAGGGUCUGAGGCGGGGGAAGAGGUGCUGCCGCAGGAUGAGGAGGCCGUCCCGCCCCAUCAUAGCCCGGAAUGUGUGCUGGAGGAUAUUGUGGAGGAGUCCAGCCUCAGUGACCACUCCUCCCCACGCACCACUACACUCCUCCACUGCCGGGGCAAGGCUGCCUCACCCCCGCCCUGCACAGACUCACCCCCAUCCCACUCCAAGCAGGCCCUGCACUGCCCCAGCAGCCCUAACAGCCCCACUCUGUGCUAUGAUAGGACAUCCCCAGGUCUUGAUGGGGAAGAAUCCGUCCACUUCCUAUGCAAGUCCCCUGCCCUCCCACAGGACAGCUUCCAGGGCCCCCUCAGUGCCUCCCCUCUGCCCCAGGAAGCUCCCUACCCACCCAGACAGUCUCCAUCCAGUGUGGGCCAAGACACAGACUACCUGUGGCACUUGUCUCUCCCCCCAGACAGACUCCAGGGUGGCGGUGAGGACUGCCCUCUGCUGGAAGAGGCAUCCCCUCACCCCCAACACUGCUCCUCUCCCACCAUGGAACACAAGCCACAGACCUUGAAGCAUGUCUUGCAGGCUGAGGACACAGACACACAGAAUAGACCUUCCCUGCCCACAGCCUGCCCCACCACCCUCCCACCACCCGCAGGAGACCAGGACGCUACCCUUUGCACCCAAGACUUGCCCACCAGACCGUCCUAUACUGACUCAUCCUGCACGGCUGACCUGCCAAGCUAUCGUGCUGGGGCUGUCACCACCUUCAUCAUGCGAUCUCGCUUCUCAGGCCAGGACAAGCCAGCAUUACUAUGCCCCCAGCCCUCCAAGGACCUGCUGGAGGCACUCAGGAUGAUCGAGGACGAGGAGAAGAGUGCCACAGUCGCAGAACCACCUGAAAGAGACUGGAAGGGCUGUAGUGGGAAGACAGUGGCAUCCUCAGCAGUGCCCUCAAGUCCUUGUCAACCCACAUGUGAAAAGGAGGGUGCUGCUUCUCUUCCGGUGCUACAGGUGUUGGCCGAGAAGGUGUUCCUUUUUACGCAGGACCUGGUGGAGCGGUGGAACCUGGUGGAGCACAGUGGGAGCCGUGAAGAGUUACUUCGUCAGAUAGCAGAGGCAGAGCAGCAACUGGAGGCCCUGUGUGUGACGGAGGGGUGGAAGCGUGACCCAUCCGCCAGCCCAGAGCUCCACCGUGGCUGUGAGGAGCGGUUGCAGCGGCAGCGGGCAGAGGCAGAUGGCCGGA